AUGUCUGAAAGGAAGAAGGCACGCAAGCGGUCCAAGAUCAAGCGUUGGUUGAGAAGUUGGGUUUUCACUCCGUUGGGCAACGUGAGAAUCAAGUUGAUCAACAAGGUCGAGAGAAGGCGUCGAAGUAUCCCGGACUGCGAUCCCAAUCAGAUCGCUGCUGAGGCCCUCUCUGAUCGAUGUCCGUGUCGCUUCUUUUGGGAUCGCAAUGAUCGAGGAUCGGCCCCUGUGAGGAGGUCCUUGCUUGAAAAUGAGUUUGAAUCUCUGGUAGAUCUGAUUGUUCCUAUGUCUGCUUGGUUGGAGAGUGCGCGACAACAGUCUUCUAGGCUGGAUUCUGCUAGAUUUGAUUCGUGUGUGGCCAACGGCGCUGUGGUUGACGGAGGAGAACCUGCUAUGGCUACUACUACCAAGCCUAAAUCUCCUCGUGAUUCCCGUGGAGACUGGCGAGAGGAUGAACAUGCUGUGUUGAGAGUUAUGAAUCCAGAUGUGUCUUGGUUGAAUAGUGGGGAUGAUAAGUCUGAAAAGUCAGGUCCCAGUUCUGUAAUUGAGGUUGACAGGAGUGUGUACGAACUUUCCUCACUUGGGGGAAAGAUCUCAGACUUACCUUCUGACUUAAGUGAAGAAAGUCAAUCUGGGAAGUCACGUUCUUCCUUGAUAUUCGAGCCUGGCAUCCAGAUGGCCAAUCCCAUGGCGAUUAAAGAGCUGGCUCCUCAACUCCCCGAUUUGUAUUUCAUCCAUCAACCCGAUCGACCGUUAUGCUGUCUCAUCACUUCAGCCUUGCGGGAUUCCAACUCACCGGUUCUUUUCGAUGAUGGUAUUUGUUUCGGUGAUCACUUCUCAUGCGAUACUCAACCUGUGAUUUCACAUCUGCCCCCAUCGGAUAUAUCACGAUCAUCCGUCAGGGCUAAAUCCCCAACGAACACCAUGGAAUUCCUCCUCCGUCAAACGCAGAGAAGGCGAAGUACCAUCUUGAACAAUGUGUACAUCUCCCCAUUUGUUCCGUUACAGCCGAGACCACUCCACAUUCGAAAAUCCUCUAAUGCCACCUCUACCAAUACACAGAAUGAUGCCCUGUCACCCAUUCCCGCAGAGCCAUCCCAAGAUGUGGCAGCACCAGUGCACAACUCACCAUACAGUCUCCACUGUAAGAUCCAGUACGGCCAAUUACCUCCCCUACCUCCUUCGAGAUCCAAUUCCUCAUCCACUCACUUUGCUUCAUUUGGCCCAGCAAGACCAAGCUCUCGGCCCCCAGGCAUCUCAUCCCCCACUCAUGCUGCCUCUGCAUCACCAUCACCAUCACCGGUCGAUCCCCCACAGUACCCUAAUCGACCAAACUCAAUGUGCGAUGACUGCCUAGCAAGGCGACACCGGUCCCUCCACAGUCAUCCAUCCCAUCGCCGUGGUGACAACAGCCCGCAAUUUGGAAAUCCUCCACUCCCGUACCCACUCAGCCCCCAAGAACCAACUCAUUUCCCACCACGCGUUGAUAGCUUACCAGCUUCGCUCAGGGCCGGCCGACAGUGCCAGCACUGUCCCACUCGUCAACCUGAAAUUGUCUCUCCGCCAGUGUUUGUUAGUCCUCGGUCUCGUGCUCAGGUGUUGAAUCGUAUUUCCGCCUCUUUCUCGGACUUUACACCUGACUCUCCUUGGGCUGGUCCUGUGGGCCCCACGGGGUUCUAUGAUGUCUCUGAAGAUGACUUGGCUUUGUAUGGGGAAUCUGAUCGUAUCGAUGAGAGUAUUGAUGAGAGUAUUGAUUCCUCUGGUUUGGAAAUGUGUCUGAUUGCAGGAUCGAGGGCUCAACGCCGGAGAUACCGUUGA